GCUGCCCUUUAGGCUUUCUCCGUUGUUCCGUGGAGGGCGGGAAAACCGGUUGGUUCGGGCGGCGGUUUACCUUUCGCGUUGUCGCGCUGCGGGAGAGGCGCGUGAUUGACGGAAAUCUUCGCAUUUCAGACCACCCCCGUUUCGAUGCCCUGGCUUUAGCUUCGCUAUGAGCUUCCUCCGAGAAACAGAUUGGUCCCUCUUUACGUUAUUGCACCAACACCGAUCUGAGCUCAGUGAAGCUGCGAGAAAAACGCUUGGAAAUAAGCGUGACCCCCUUGUGUCCGUUCAUUGCAGCGAAAUCCCUAGCUCUGAGGUUCUUAGAGCAAUUGAAAAUGUUAUUGAAGAUAUUAUCACAAGUCUGUCCAGAAAUGAAGCACCUGUUCUCUUCUACAAUAACAGAUCAGAUUGGGAUAACAUACAGUUUAAAGAUUCUGUAGGUUUGCAGAUGGCAUCUAAUUGUACCACAAGGAAAAUAAGAAGUGACUGUCCCAAAUCAGCCCCAAAGUUUGCACUAUUCCUUAAAAUAUUAUCUGUCAUCUAUAAGAUGGUGCAGACCAAUAUUUAUGCAACUAAAAGAGAUAUAUUCUAUACUGAUACACAGUGUUUUGGCAACCAACGAGUUGUGGACAACAUAAUCAAUGAUAUUUCUUGUAUGCUCAAGACACCUCGAAGGAGUCUACAUAUUCUGUCUACCAGCAAAGGAUGUAUUGCUGGUAAUUUAGGUUAUGUUGAGGAAGAUGGCACAAAAGUUAACUGUACCUGCAGUACAAUGACAGCUGUACCAUCUAAUGUUGAAGGAAUGAGAAAUUUGAGCACCGAUGCACAAUUUAUUCUAAUUGUAGAAAAAGAUGCAACAUUUCAGAGACUCUUGGAUGACAACUUCUGCAGUAAAUUGUCCCCAUGUAUAAUGAUUACGGGAAAAGGUGUGCCAGAUCUAAACACAAGACUUCUAGUAAAAAAAUUAUGGGAUUCAUUUCAUGUACCUAUCUUUGCUCUCAUGGAUGCAGAUCCACAUGGUAUUGAAAUAAUGUGUGUCUACAAGUAUGGAUCUGUGUCAAUGUCAUUUGAAGCCCAUCACCUCACAGUUCCAGCUAUAAGAUGGCUUGGACUCCUUCCAUCAGAUUUUGAAAGGCUGAAUAUUCCUAAGAGUGCACUGAUACCACUGACUAAACGAGACCAGAGUAAGCUAAGCAGUUUGCAGAUGAGGCCUUACAUUUCUUAUCACCCGCCCUGGAAAAAAGAACUAGAUAUUAUGGCAGUAUCUAAAAUGAAGGCUGAAAUCCAAGCUCUGAAUUCUUUUUCAUCAGAUUACCUAUCCAAAGUAUAUUUGCCAAACAAGUUGCAGUUUGGUGGAUGGAUAUGAAUAUUUGGACUACCUUUCAAAAGGCAGGUUUCACUCAAAGCUGUUAAACCAGGCUUCAUAAAAAUGGCAGUCAUUCUGAAUGAAACACUAUAAAGAUAUUGUUUGAGAUUUUUAAAAUGUUUUUGGGAAUUUCUUCUUGUACAUCUUUAUAAUUUUUUUACCCAUGUUCUUAUCUGUGCUUGCAGUAGUUCAGAGGUGUUUUAGAUUUAUUGAUCACCUGUAAAUACAAAUAAAAAUCUUAUAUUUCUGAUGUAAAA